GAGAGGUCGGUGCCAUGUCCACCCCCCUAGGGGAAAAGGUGCUUUGUUUCUCAAAGCUAUAAUUCAAGAAAACGGACUAAAUGUAUCGAUGAGCGAUCAGCCAUAAAGGCCAAGCCCAGACAACCAGAACCCUGGUCUGAUCAGAAUCCCUUUCUCUCCCCCUGUUGCCGACUGCCGACGCCCUGGGACCCGUCGUCGCCAUGGAGACGGUGGUGAUCGUGGCCAUUGGGGUGCUGGCCACCAUCUUCCUGGCCUCCCUCAUUGCCCUGGUGGUGGUGUGUCGACACCGCUACUGCCACCCCCACCACCUGCUGCACCACUUCAACUCCAAGUCCAAUGGACUGACCUGCUGGUUUGAAGCUAUAAAUCUAUGGAUUGAACAGAGCGACUUCACAGCACUAAGACCCAAUGUUGACCUGAUCGGUGCCAUGGAAACCCAGAGUGAGCCGUCUGAGCUGGAGCUGGACGACGUGGUCAUCACCAACCCUCACAUCGAGGCCAUCCUGGAGAACGAGGACUGGAUCGAGGACGCCUCUGGCUUGGUUUCGCAUUGUAUAUCCAUCUUAAAGAUCUGCCACACCCUGACUGAAAAGCUGGUUGCCAUGACAAUGGGCUCAGGCGCUAAGGUGAAAGCCCCAGCCAGCCUCAGUGACAUCAUCACUGUGGCUAAACGCAUCAGUCCCAGGGUGGAUGAUGUUGUGCGAUCCAUGUACCCUCCACUGGACCCCAUACUCCUGGAUGCCAGGGCCACCGCCCUCCUUCUGUCAGUCAGUCACCUGGUGCUGGUGACCCGCAACGCCUGUCACAUGUCUGGCAGCAUGGACUGGAUUGACCAAUCACUGCACGCCGCUGAGGAUCACAUGGUGGUGCUGCGGGAGGCGGCGCUAGCGUCCGAACCGGAACGGAGUCUACCUGGAAUAGACGUGCAGAGAGAGCAGGCCAUCUAGAACACACAGACACGUACAUACGCACACGCAUACACUCCUUCUCUAUACAUUAUACACAUCUCGGGCACAUUCUCAAUGCUCGAUAAACACACAAUAAGAAAACUCAACACAUUCCCACUUUCCCACUGCCGUUCUGUGCUGAUUUACAUACAGAUGGGUUGCCAGAUAAUAGAAUAGAGCUGGUUUUAGAAACCGACAGGUGCCAGAUCCUUGUGCUAUUUUCCUCUUGAUCCUUUCACUUUUAUCAUGUUUCUGGUUUUGUAUAUAGUUAUGUAUAACCAUAAUGCAUGUUAUGAUUAGGAUCUAUAUAGGUUUUAUGUUACACUCUCAGAUUCAUAUUGUCUUGUACGUAAGUGCAGAGCUCACUGAGAUAGGCUUGUGUGUAGUUGUUGCCAUGGACGACUGGCCCCUUGAUAUUCAUUCCUGAGUGUCUUCCAUCUCCCAGUGGUGAGCUGUAAAUCCGCCCCGUUAGGAGUGCACAGUCACAUGGAAGCUUAAAUUUAGUCAACUAAUCCAUGUGGGGGGAAAACCCUGGACACCCAAUAGGACCAAAGGCAGGGGAAAUACAUGCACAUCUACUCAGAGCAAAACACGCUUACUCAGAGCAAUACACUCUUACUCAGAGCAAUACACUCUUACUCAGAGCAAUACACUCUUACUCAGAGCAAUACACGCUUACUCAGAGCAAUACACGCUUACUCAGAGCAAUACACGCUUACUCAGAGCAAUACACGCUUACUCAGAGCAAUACACUCUUACUCAGAGCAAUACACUCUUACUCAGAGCAAUACACUCUUACUCAGAGCAAUACACUCUUACUCAGAGCAAUACACUCUUACUCAGAGCAAUACACUCUUACUUAGAGAAAUACAGUCUUACUCAGAACAAUACACUCUUACUUAGAGCAAAACACUCUUACUUAGAGAAAUACAGUCUUACUCAGAGAAAUACACUCUUACUCAGAACAAUACACUCUUACUCAGAGCAAAACACUCUUACUUAGAGAAAUAUAGUCUUACUCAGAGAAAUACAGUCUUACUCAGAGAAAUACACUCUUACUCAGAACAAUACACUCUUACUCAGAACAAUACACUCUUACUUAGAGCAAAACACUCUUACUCAGAGAAAUACACUCUUACUCAGAAUAAAACACUGCUACUUUUUGUUUUAGAACCAGGAGUCAAGACAAGCCUCCGUACCAGCUGAAGGUGUUGGACGGCUUUAUGCAGGUCCCUGUUGCGUUUGUUGGGCGGAUGAACGAUUUAAUUGGCUGUUAUCGUAAAGGGAGGGUCAAAUGUGUGUGUAUGGGGGAAGGUUUCUUUGUGAGCCGUGUCAAAUGAGGUGGAGGUGAAUUUGUGUGCCUUGUGCUGACCGGUGGUGCGAUGUUAUUGGAGCAUGGCUAGCUGCCUCCCCAUGCAUGCCUAAUACCAUAGCUAGAAGUGAAACCCAAGAGCAGUAAUCACAGCAUAACCCAGCUUUACACACACACACACACACACACACACACUGUCCAGCCCUAACACAGCUCACAGAGCUGCAAACACUGCGCCACACACUCGAGCUUACGGAGCAACUGUAACAGAGCUCACACGCUGCUAACCUAAGGAGCAACUGUACACAGUGAUACACACACUUACGCAAAGAGACAGCGUCGAUACUGUAAACGUACACAAGACUUUAUGGGCAAAACUACACGGUUAAACACACGGUCAAGCUUAGAGACAAAUCAGGCGGGUUUUUUUCACACGGUCUUCCUGAGAAGACAUGCCUUUUGUGCCUUUGUUCCUUCUUAUAAUUCAAGCUCUGAAAUUCAGCCUACGAGAAGACUGCCAGUAUAACUGCAGCCUACAUCAGAUAAGCAGAGCUCUGUGAUGGAACGAUAUUGAUUAAGAUGAAACAUGAAAGAAAGUGGCCACUCCUUUUAUUUUCCUGGUUUCCGUCGUUUAUUACAAUUGAUUUUUGUUGUUGUUGUACGUAAGCAUGUUUCGCGAUGUUUCCUUACCCCUCCUCUUUUUCAACUUUCUCUUUACAUCCUCCAUUGAUUUGUACAGGUAAAUUAAAGUUUCAUAGGAAAAUGUGUAA